AUGCAAGAAUUUGAUUACGAGUACACCAGCUCAACUUACAAGAAAUCCAGCCGCAAGAUGGGGUCCAGUUUAGGUGGUGUGCUGCAAAUUGCCCUGGAACCGGAAGACACAGGCAAACGGCUGUCCAUUGAAGUCUGGGACUGGGACCGCACUUCGCGCAAUGACUUCAUGGGCUCACUAUCCUUUGGUGUCGGUGAGCUGAAGAAGGCUCCAGUCAGUGGGUGGUUCAAACUCCUCACUCAGGAAGAGGGCGAAUUCUACUCGUCACCUUGCAUCGACGAGGCCAGUGCUGCUCUUAUUGAACUAAGAAAUAAAGCCAAGAGGAAGUCGGCGGAAACGGUAAACAGCAAACUCCAGAGCAUAAAGUCCGCAUCGAAUCUGCACAAACAGGACAUUCCUCGCCCCUCUGAUUUUAACUUUCGUGUGGUGCUUGGCAAAGGCAGCUUUGGAAAGGUCGUUCUAGCUGAGCGCAUGGGCACGGAGGACGUGUUUGCGAUGAAGAUUCUCAAAAAGGAUGUGAUCCUUCAGGACGAUGACGUUGAGUGUGUUAUGAUGGAGAAGCGUGUCCUCGCGUUACAGGAAAAACCGCCUUUCCUCAUCAAACUGCAUUCAUGCUUUCAAACUAUGGAUCGACUAUACUUCGUCAUGGAGUACGCCAAUGGUGGUGAUUUAAUGUACCGGAUUCAGCAGGAGGGUCGGUUCAAGGAGCCCGUUGCUGUGUGA